AUGCCGGGUAACAUUGAGGACUAUGUCCACCGGAUCGGCAGAACCGGCCGUGGUGGCGCCACGGGGACGGCGGUGUCGUUCUUCACCGAAAAGGACAAGAACUUGGGGGGCGACUUGUGCAAGAUCAUGAGAGAAGCCAAGCAGACGGUGCCGCCGGAAUUGCAACGGUUCGACAAGCGUUCGUGGGGGUCGCACAUCCAGUACGGCCGCGGCGGUCGUGGCGGUCGUGGUGGCCGUGGUGGCCGGGGCGGCUACCGUCGUGGCGGUGGCUACGGCGGCGGCGGCUACGGCGGGCGUCAAACCGGUUCCAACACCGCUCCCUUGGGCAACAAAAGAUUUUGA